ACACUUAAAGAAAUUAUUGCAGCUUGAAAACAUGUCCGAGCAUAACGAUGACACGGAAAAUGAGAAGAAACCCAAUGAGGAAGCAGCAAAUAGUUCUUCAGAGCAAGAAGAGGUAGAAGACUCUGACAUGGAAAAGAUUCGUAAAUAUUUAGCACAAAAGUUAAGGGUUUUUGAUUCAUCAAAGUAUGAUGGACAGUCACAGCAGAAAACUCUUCGUGAACUCAGCCUGAAUGGAGUAGUAGAAUAUAUAAAGGAAAAUGAGAACCUUAAAAUUAUUACAAUGGCUGGAGCUGGCAUCUCAACCUCUGCAGGAAUUCCUGAUUUUCGGUCACCAUCUAGUGGACUUUAUCACAAUUUAGAGAAAUACAAUUUACCUCAGCCUCAAGCUAUCUUUGAUCUGGAUUUUUUUAUGGAAAACCCAGAGCCCUUUUUCAUGCUUGCAAGGGAAUUGCUACCUGAGGGAUUUAAGCCUACCCCGUGCCAUUAUUUCAUUCGUCUUCUUUGGGAAAAAGGAAUGCUCUUGAGACACUAUACACAAAACAUUGAUACACUAGAAAGGAUGGCUGGCUUACCUCCAGAGAAAUUAGUCGAAGCUCAUGGAACAUUUCAUACUGGGCGGUGUCUUAAGUGUCGAGCACCUUAUACUCUUCCAUGGAUGAAAAAGAAAAUCAUUGAAGGUAUCAUACCAAAGUGUGAAGAAUGUGACGAGGGUGUGGUAAAACCUGAUAUAGUGUUCUUUGGAGAAAUGUUACCUGAACGUUUUCAUGAUCUUAUCGAGCGUGAUUUCGUGCAAGCGGAUUUGUUAAUAAUUAUGGGUUCCAGUUUAGUUGUUCAGCCGUUUGCGUCCUUGGUAGACAGGGUACGAUCUAAUUGUCCACGUCUACUAAUCAAUAAGGAAAAAGUGGGCGUGCAAGAUCGUCUAUCGCGACUUCUAGGACUACGGCAGGGCUUAGUUUUCGAUACAAAAGGCUCUCAUGGUGGUCGCGACGUUGCCUGGUUAGGUGAUUGCAAUACUGGUUGUCAAUUAUUAGCUGAAAAACUGGGUUGGGCUGAUGAAUUAAGAGAUCUCGUAAAGAAAGAACAUGAACGAUUAGACGCAGAAGAAAAAACGGAUUAACAAUAACUUCUUGUAAGGAACUAUGUUCAGGACCAGCACCAUCGUAGCCAUGUGGUAGAAGCAUAGUUAGACCACUGCUUAACAUCCAUU